AUGAUAAAUCACACGCGCUCCGAGGAUGCAAGUCGCCUCAAGUCACGCAUGGGCUCAUACGCAGCCCCAAACCCUGACAAAGACGUUGUCCACCCUCCAAUCACUGACAACAGCAAGAGUCGUGCCCAAAUGGGAUUCAACCACAUCCAGCUGGGCAAAAUGCUUUGUCCGGCUAAAUAUUUGGCCGACUACAUCAAGGAUCCGCAUGAGAUGAAGAGCAAAUUUGAUAGCGGGUCAUUGAAGGUAACCGCUGCCUUGUGGCCCGCUUAUCUCUAUCCAGGCGACAUUGCAGGCGAAGACUUCGACUCUGAGGAUAUACUUGAAGGGCUUUUUCGUGGAUAUCUUUUGGAGUGA